AUGGUGAGCAUUAAGGAAAGAAGAAAGAUCGUCCCUGUUACUGGCUCGUGCUCUAGACGUCGCAAGAUCUGGGUGAAGCUAGCUCCUCACCUCUGUGCUCCAAGCCCUAAUCUGCGUCGAACUGAAGACCUCGUGUCGUUUUGUUUCCCUAAAAGACAGUCUCUCCCACCACCCUCCGCCUCCGCCUCCGCCUCCGCCUCCGAUCCCAUCUGCUCCGGCGAAGUAGCUCCCGCCUCGGAGAUGUUUAAGCUCGGGAGGGGUGGCGGAGCUGGGCGUGGGAACGUGAAGCGCUCCCUUCCUCCCUCUUCUUCUCUCCACCGCCCGGCCACCGCCCCUGGCGGUCGCUUGCCGAUCGGCGCCUCCGCAGGCGUUGGGAGGGGUCGACCGGGCAGGGGAUCGGCUGCCCCCUCCCCGCCCUCUCGCGAGGAGACUUUCAGCCUCGAAUCUGGCGGAGGCCCGCCUGACUUCGCCGCGAUCAUACGCCUUACCCCUGACCUGGUUGAUGAAAUCAGGCGCGUCGAGGCACAGGGAGGGGUUGCCAGAAUCAAGUUCGAUCCGAACUUGAAUAAUCCUGAGGGAAACGUAAUUGAUGUUGGAGGCAAAGAAUUCAGGUUCACAUGGUCUAGAGAACUUAGGGAUCUUUGUGAUAUAUAUGAAGAACAUCGAAGUGGUGAGAAUGGACAUGGAUUACUUGUUGAAAGUGGUGCUGCAUGGCGCAAGCUGACUGUUCAACGAAUCCUAGAUGAGUCCACAAAAAACCAUGUCAAAAUGCGAUCAGAGGAGGCUGAACGCUUAUCAAAAUCGCGAAAAGCAAUAGUGCUAGACCCUGCAAAUCCAUCUGUGAAAAAUCAGGCCAAAUCAAUGGCUGCUGCUGCAGUUGAGGGUAGCAUGCGAAGGAUGAAUUGGAAACAAAAAGAGUUUUUCAAAAACCGGAAAGUUGACUCAAAUCCAGUUUCCAACAUUGGUCCUUCCAGAUCUGUUUUCAAGUCUGUAACUAGUUCAAACAAUAGCAAGGGCAGAGUUCCAGUGUCCCCACUUUCAACACCUCCUGAGCAACAUUUGCCUGUCACAUCUGCUUCAUCGUUUGGAACUGGCAAUAAUUCACAUCAUCAUGAUGGUAUUGCUUCAUCAAAUCUAAACAAAGAAAAAAUUGGGAACUUUGAAACGGAAUUACCUCGGAAGGUUCAGAGUGACGUUAAACCCGAUACAAGUGGGCAUGAUGCAGGUCAUACUGUUGACCAUUCAAUGGAUCUGCGUCACCGUCUGAUCACUGCACUCUCAAAAAAUCCCAAGGGAAUGAACUUGAAGGCUUUGGAGAAAGCAGUGGGAGAGAGACUGUCAACCUCUUCUAAGAAGUUUGAAGGCAUCAUAAAAGAUAUUGCAACUUUUCAAGCUCCAGGGAGGUACUUUUUGAAAUCUGGAAUGGAGUUGGAAAGCAUCAAUCUACAAGCACCUAACUCUGGGAGCUCUCCUAACACCCCACAUGACAAGACCUUGGCCGUAGAGGUAGUCCAUGAAGAGAAAUUCUCAAAUGAGAAAAUUGAACAACAAAGUCCAGAUAUGAAUCUGGAAGAAGAACUAGAUAUCAUUGGGAAUCCUGACAUGGUAGGAAGUGCUCAGGAGCUCUUUCUCGAACAUGUCAAGGCUGACAAUGAUAGUCAAGGUCGAGCAUGCAGCUCCAGUGAAAGCGGAAGUGAUAGCGACAGUGAGAGUGAGAGCAGUGGCAGUGGAAGUGACAGUGGUAGUCAAAGUAAGGCUAGCAGUUCUGACAGUGACAGUGAUGAUUCCAGCAGCAAGGAGGUAUCUGAUGUUGAUGUUGAUAUAAUUUCUAGUGACAAUGAAAGAGAGAUGGAUGUGCAUAAAGCAGUGACUGAAGAUGAUCAUGAGAAAAACGAGAUUAGAAUUGAUCAAGAAGCUGAAGUUUCAAUACCUUUUGAUUUGAAUGAACUUAAUAGAAUGGAUGAGAUGAAUGAAGCAGUCAAUCCUAGUGAUUGCUCUCCUCAUAGGAACAUUGAACUCUUUGAAAAUCCUGAAGCAGCUGAAAAUAUUCAUAUCUCUGCUAAAGGAAUCUCUACUUCACAUUAUGAUGGAAAGCAAUUGCAAAAGCAGCAAAUGUCAUUUGGUGAUUAUUCCUUUGAUAAUGUAAAUGACCCAAUCCUUAAGUCAAGCAACAAUGACAGGAAAACCAUCAUGAAAGACAGGCCUCAUCAUGAUCUAUCAGACAAUAGUGGAAAAUUUACCAAACAUAAGACCAGAAAGACUAUCAAUUCACAAAACUCUGAAGGGAGAACAGGAAGUGGUAAAAGGGCAAAAACUGCAAGCUCUGCUGAAGCAAUGUCUUUGAGAAAAUUAGAAGUUGCUAAUUUAUUUGAUAAUAUGCAGCAUGAAUCCCCCGAAGGCUCCAAGCCUAAUGGUUAUAAUUCAAUGCCGUUAGAUGAUAUUUUGCAGGGUGGAAAGAAUACAGAUAACUAUGGAAGAAUUGCUGCAACUGAAAACUUGGGUAGUGUGAGUCCAAGUCCUGAUUUUGCUUCUGCUUUAGAUGUUGAUCAUCCUGGUAAAGAAAUUGGAGAACUCAGUAAGAAGAAAGGUUCAGAUUUAAAAGAAAAACUUAUCAGAGCCACUGAAAAAAUUGGAAACAGAUAUGUUGAAGUUGGUAGAGAUAACAUGGAUAAGAAUUUCCAUUCCUGUGAAAACCUAUCUAACUUAAAGGUAAAAGUGCAGAAGGAUACAAGAAGUGGUGUCAAGGAUACAAGGGAGAGAAACCUUCCAAAAGGUGUGACGAACGGACAAUUUGGUAAGCAAACUUCUGCGGCUGAAAAGUUUAUAAGUUCAGGCACCAAGGGACCUUCGCUCAGAAGAGAGAUUUCAGAUCUGGAAUUGGGUGAAUUUCGUGAGAUUCCAGGGCUUGCUGAAGAGUCUGUGGAGGUUAAGAGACAACUGGAUAGAAUAGGUUCUUUCAAGACAUUGGAUAACAAAGCUAGUACUAAUGAUGGUGCAGAUUUAGAAAUAAGCAAGGGAAGAGGUAUGACUAAUUCAGACUUUGAAAUCAACAAGGGAAGAGCUAUGAUGAAUACCUUUUCUGGUUCAAAGAAGCCAUCACCAAGUCCUAAAGGUGCAGGUCAAGGGAAUCGUGUGCUUCAAAGAAGAGAACCUACAGAGCGUUUUUCUGAUUCAGCUGAGUCUGGAAAGCCUCAACCACGAGCAACUAUCCUCAACCAUGAAUUGCCAAGAUUGGAUAACAGUGAUUCUGAGGUUCCUUACUGGGAUGUUCCUGCAGAAACAGCUGCAAGAAAUGGAAAGCGAAUGGGCCACAGAAUUGAUCAGGAAAAUUUUACAAAUGCUUCCAAAAAAAUUCGUGCUAGCAUGUUCUCACAGCCUGAUAACAAGAAUGGUGGCCUGACUUGUCACUUGAAUGGUGAGAGACAGCAGAAAUCAAGUGCCUCAGAACAAAGUAAGAGAAAUGCUCUGAUGAUGAAUGAUGACAGGAAUAUGAGGGAUUCUUCAUCUGACGAUGAUAAUUCAAAUUAUUCAAAAUAUGACAAAGUUGAACCAGAACUCAAGGGCCCAAUAAAGGACUUUUCACAGUAUGAGCUUUAUGUCCAGGAGUUCCAAGAGAAAUACGAAGUAUACUGCUACUUGUAUAAGAACUUGGAGAAAAUUAGGAAUCAGUUCUUUCAAAUUGGCAAUGACCUUGAAUUUGCUAAAGAACAAGAUAGAAAGCAAUAUAAUAAUCUUGUUGAGAAGUUGAGAGAUAUGUAUCACCAUUAUUGUGAGAGGAACAAACAGAUGAAAAGGGUCUUCACAUUGCUUCAUGAAGAACUGAAGAAUCUCAAACAGAGAAUCAAGAUCUUUGCAAAGGACUAUGGGGACGAAUGAAUGUUUAUUUGCAUAAGACUUGAUAUAUGUUUUGAGUCGAGUGUCUAUUCUGCAUUGCAUCGAGCAGUUAGAUAUGUGCUGAGUCCCUGGAACCAUAAGUUGCUUGGUGUACUCUAUCAUUGCAUGAUAAAGUUUGAAGCUACAUUGGUUUGGUAAUUAAGAGUUGCACUGCCAGCAUACUGACAAUGAGUUGAAAACAAUAAUUUUCCGAUGAGUCUACGUUGCCGCCUACCACAAUCACCUUAUAUUCUCAAGAUUAUGAGCUCCCAAGGACAGAUGAGCUCCAAAGGACAGACGUUUGAUCAGACAAUUAACUUUGACAAUAUGCAGAUUAUUGCUUGGCACUACAUACAGAUGUUGAUUUACAUUAACUUGGAGCCCUAAAUGCAUCCGUUUGGUGAAUGCAAAAUGUGGAGUAAUGCUCUGUGAAGAACUCAAGUAGCAGCAGCUCCCAAGGGUACACAGUCAGGUUGGUCGUCUCAAACACUUUUGUAUAUUCUUUUACUAUAAGAUGAUAAUUGCCAUGUCUGUGGCUUUAGCUGGAGUUUUGCGGAUAUACACUUGUUGAUUGAAAUUAGUUGUUUAUCUUGUCAGUAAAUUUCUGAUGAGCUAAUUUUGGUUUCGACCACCUGUAAAUUAUGAUAUGUUUCUAUGGUUCUUAUUUAUGUCUAAGCGAUAA